UAGACAAUGGGCGAACGACGCAACAAAGAGAAUUUCGAAUGUUUCGUUAACGAAACUUCAUAAAUAUCUAUAGAACCCUUUUUGAGACAAAACAGUAAUACAUCUCAAUCUACAUACAAGUUACCAGAACAGAGCAAUAAUUCCAAAAGGACAAAAUGGAGAUGAAUUGAUGUGAAGCAGUUCGAUAGCAGAAAGCCACGAGGGGGAGUAUUUUCAAUUAGUCUCCGAAUCACCGUGAAGUCUAGGGCAAGAGAGGGAGCCAAGCGUUCUUCUGGUAAUCAUCCCUUAAAGGAAACUAAAUAAAGAUAUCAUGAAAAAUCGAUGACUUCAUAUCACUGUCACUGCUGUACCUAUACGUUCGCCUAUACUUUUCACAUGGAUUAAGGAAGAUGGAGUCAAUUUCGUGAAGACGCGUUUUCUCGAUAGAUCGAUAAACCGAUAGACUGAUAGACUGUGCUCUAUAUGAAAAAGAGGACCAAGGAUUCUCCAAGGGUUACACGGAGCUCUCGCCAAGGAUAACUCUAGUGACCAUCAGUGAACACAUCACGGGCGUUGAUCGUCCGCACCCUCGACUCAAGACAUCCCUUGUAAUCCUUUCCUCUGGAGGCGCUCAGAAGACAGUCAAGAUCCAUCGCUGCCAGGAGAUGUCGAAAAGUCAAGUUUUCUCCCGACGGCGAUCAUGACAGGAAUAUACCGGAGAUCGGUGAGUACAGAAAGCGCGGGCGAGGAUGAGGAUAGCUUUUCUAGGGACUCAAGAACUCAUCCCUAUCAGCAUGGUAGCGGUGGCAGCAGUAUCGGCGGCGGUGGGGGCGGCGGUGGCGGGGGGAUGAUUUUUCCUCUGAGAAUGGCAGCAGCCAUGAGGGCUCGUUCUGGUACGGGGCUCGUAAGGGGUGGUGGGCAACAUGUGAACUUUGACCCCGAGGCACCCCCACCACCCCUGCAAUCGCAAACGACAUCACUGCAAACGACAUGCCUACUUGAGAAGCCGGAAAUUGAUAAGAAAGUCAAGAGACACAGCAUCCAUGGUAUGAUGGAGGAGGAGAACGUCGUGAGGCCCCACCAGGAAAUGGCCAGUCUCUCCCUGGACGAGAAAAAGUACCUCCUAGCCGUUGAACGCGGAGAUGUAGCUUCGGUCAGAAGGAUGCUCCAACGCGCCCAGGAAACGGAAUACAUAAAUAUCAACUGCGUAGAUCCUCUAGGCAGAUCCGCACUCUUGAUGGCCAUCGAUAAUGAGAAUCUUGAGAUGGUUGAACUUCUUAUCGAGCACAAGGUCGACACGAAGGACGCUUUACUUCAUGCCAUCUCUGAGGAAUUCGUCGAAGCUGUGGAGGUACUUCUGGAACACGAGGAGACCUUCCACAGGAACGGCGAGCCCCACGUAAGCAGCUCUGUGUCGUCCGCUUGCCGCCUGCCCGUUCGUAGUCCUAGUUGGGAAGCACUACCACCAGAUACAGCUACGUUCACACCGGACAUCACGCCACUGAUCCUUUCAGCUCACAGAGAUAAUUAUGAGAUCAUUAAGAUCCUGCUGGAUCGAGGAUCAACCUUACCGAUGCCCCACGACGUGCGAUGCGGUUGUGACGAGUGCGUGACCUCUAGAAUGGAAGACUCCCUAAGGCAUUCCAGGAGUAGGAUAAAUGCGUACAGGGCUCUGGCGUCGCCUUCUUUGAUAGCCUUAUCCUCGAAGGAUCCUAUUCUGACGGCUUUUGAACUUUCUUGGGAAUUACGAAGGCUUUCCUUCCUGGAGCACGAAUUCAAGUGUGAAUACCAGGAAUUGAGACGACAGUGUCAGGACUUUGCCACGGCUCUCCUGGAUCAUACCAGGAGUUCUUACGAACUGGAGGUCUUGUUGAAUCACGAUCCCACGGGACCCGCCUUCGAGCAUGGCGAAAGAAUGCACUUAAAUCGUCUCAAGUUGGCCAUUAAGCUACGUCAAAAAAAAUUUGUGGCACAUCCAAACGUGCAGCAGCUACUUGCCUCCAUUUGGUACGAAGGGCUGCCAGGAUUCCGUCGAAAAAAUAUGGUACUCCAGGCUUUGGAAAUCGUCAGGAUUGGUAUUCUGUUUCCAUUCUUGAGCGUGGCUUACAUAAUUGCCCCUCAUAGCGUAAUGGGACAAACGAUGAGGAAGCCAUUUAUCAAGUUCAUCUGCCACUCAGCAUCAUACUUCACUUUCCUUUUCAUGCUAAUUCUGGCCAGUCAAAGGAUAGAGAGCGUUAUCGGGAAUUGGAUGGGUCAUGACAUUCCAGAACACGAACCGGCACCCACGAAGAGAGGAGCAGCUCCUACGAUAGUCGAAUGGUUUAUACUGGCUUGGGUCUCCGGUCUCAUUUGGUCUGAAGUAAAGCAACUGUGGGACGUGGGUCUGGAAGAGUACGUGAACGACAUGUGGAACGUAAUAGAUUUCGUCACGAACUCUCUCUACGUGGCCACGGUCGCCCUGAGGGUCGUCGCCUACUAUAGGGUUCAGAAGGAGAAUGAGGGACAGGAUCCAGAAUCGGUCGUUGAACUUCAAAGGGAACAGUGGGAUACUUGGGAUCCUAUGCUCAUAUCCGAAGGCUUAUUUUCUGCGGCCAAUAUUUUCAGCUCUUUGAAGCUCGUUUAUAUAUUCUCUGUGAAUCCGCACUUGGGACCACUUCAAGUAUCACUCUCCAGGAUGGUCAUGGAUAUUAUGAAAUUCUUCUUUCUUUACGUCCUGGUAUUAUUUGCUUUCUCUUGUGGUCUCAAUCAAUUACUUUGGUACUAUGCUGAUAUGGAGAAGAAAAGGUGUCCCAGUGCGAUGCCUUAUCCGCCCAAUGCGAAUAUCACUACGGAUUCAAAUGCUUGUGUAGUCUGGAGAAGAUUUGCCAAUCUGUUCGAAACGACCCAAACACUCUUCUGGGCGGUUUUUGGACUGGUGGAUCUUGAAAGCUUCGAACUGGAUGGCAUUAAAGUAUUCACGAGAUUCUGGGGCAUGCUGAUGUUCGGAACAUACUCGGUGAUCAACAUAGUCGUCCUGCUCAAUCUCCUCAUCGCCAUGAUGAAUCAUUCCUACCAGUUAAUUUCCGAAAGAGCUGACGUCGAAUGGAAAUUCGCCAGAAGUAAAUUAUGGAUAAGUUAUUUUGAAGAAGGUGGUACUGUACCCCCACCAUUUAAUAUCAUACCAACCCCUAAGAGUGCCUGGUAUGUCGGGCAAUGGGUUUAUAGAAAGCUUUGUGGUCACAGUCGAGCAGCCAAGAAAGAGCACAUGCGAACGAUAAGGAGAAAAGUGAAACAGGCGUCGGAAAGGGAUUUUCGUUAUCAGAGUAUCAUGAGAAAUUUGGUGAGGCGCUACGUGACUGUGGAACAAAGAAAGACGGAGGGUGAAGGCGUCACUGAGGACGACGUAAACGAGAUUAAGCAGGACAUUAGUGCGUUUCGUUGUGAACUUAUUGAAAUUUUAAAAAAUUCAGGAAUGAACACAUCUACAGCUGCUGGUACCGGUACAGACGGUGGCUUCAAAGCGCUCUCCAUAGGUGCAGGCGGUAAGAAGAAUCGUCAGAAAGAACGAAGACUCAUGAAAGGGUUCAACAUCGCACCCCAACCGGGCGGAAGUGGUACCUUACCACCAGUAGCCGAAUUCAUAGCGUCUUUGCAGCAAGUUCAUCACGAGAAUCAGCAUCAUGAUUUGUUCGGUAGUACUCUCAGCGGUAUUUUUGGUCCUGGUGCAACGCCAAAAAAGAGUCCACAUCAUACAAGUACGAACAGUGUACCAGGAUUGGGUACAGGACCUAGACAAAUUCGUGGUGCUCGUGGUAGCUCAAGGAAGAAACGUUGGGGUACAUUGAUCGAAGCUGCUAAAGCUGGAAGAGUUUCUAGACUUAUAGGCAGAUCACGUUCAGAGGACUCCGUAUACUCACCUGGAUCAGAGGAUGGCGGAUCACGUUCAGAGGGUUCAUCCGAUUCGAAAUCAUCCCUAGAAGCCCCUGCACACGAAGCGCAUCAGCAUCAUCCGACCCAUCAUCCGCAUAAUCCCCAUCAUUACGAGGCCCAUCACAUGUUCGCCCACGGCUUGGGUCCAGCUCUGGCAGCUCUUAGGAAGAAACGCAAGAAAUUCUCAGCAUCUCGUGCAUCCACUCCAGUCAUGGUUAGCCACGUGAAUCCUGUGGAGAGCGUGAUGCAUCCGAUAGCUGCUGCAUUCGCUUCCAGAGUCUCGAGGAAGCAACUACAGCGUGCUAGCAGCGUACCAACCCGUGGUCCCGACCUGACGCCGCAGACGAUACCGCCCCGACGACACGAGGUCACGCAGAGUCAGCAACCCAGUCUGGACGCCGUGGAGGUGGUCAAUGCUAACGAACAGCAAGAUAUUGUUAUGAGUGCAGCACCGUUGACGCCAUCGACCACUGAGGAAAGUGUGAUAGCAUCCGGUGGUAUGACUGGCACUAUUAAAAGAAAUGGCUCGGCCACUCAAUUACAAAGACUUCCAGGCAUCGAGCCGAUAUCCGGUCACGACGUUUCGGCGGGUUGGCUCUGAGGAUUCAAAAACUCCGUGUCGCGGAUGGAUCGUGAUAAUCAUGGCCCCCUCCGAGACGAUGGCAGCCAUAACGAGCUCUGAUAUCACCUAACGAUGUAUGGCGGUUCUUUCAACAUUCGCGAGUAUUAUUUUUACUUUCUUUUUCUCACAGCAGAGAAGUGGAACGUGAACAAAACGAACGGCACUACUCGCAGACGCACAAUGAUGCCUUAAUGGCAACGCGCCUAUACGACUGCGUUGCUCCUACAAAUUCAUUCGCCGGCCUGCGCGCUCUCCUUAACUAUAUAACAAUUACACAGAGUUUACAUAUUUGUAUGUACUCUUUUAUCAUUUUAUUACUCACCUCUUACUUGGCUGUAUAUAGAUAGCCUCAAUCGUAACAAAAAGUGGUUGGAUUGUACCGGAAUCACGUCUGCAAGAAAGAAUUCAAUGGGAAUGAGCAAACGGGUGAAAGAUGCUGCGCGAAAGUACAAUGGAAAUUUAGGUAAAAGGUGAGAACUACUAUUACUGCCAGAAGACAGGGAGAUACGUAGGUCGACGUAUUUAGAAACUAGUCAACACUAGUCAACAAACCACAUCAAUGGAGAAAUGAUAUAAUUUUUAAGCGAUUACUCAUUGUGUUUGACAAAUUUUAAUAUUGUUAUUAGAUUAAACGAAUUACGUCCUCUGUGUGGACAUCUUAUAACAUUUAUUAGGCAUUGUGCCGUCGACAAUUGGAACUUCAGUGAAAGAGGAUUUUCUUAUACAUUUAUUUACAACCAAUUGGCGUAUUCAAGUUUUAUUCACUUUCCUUUUUUCCGUAUUUAUUGAUAUAAACAGAUAAUACAGUGCAUUAGCGUUCCUCGCUGGCCAUUCAAAAGUGUUCGUGAUCACCUCUCGGAGAUUUAAAAAGACUCAAAAUUGAAAAAGAAACAAAAUCGCUUCAUCGUGGCCAGAGUAAGAAAAUUGAAGAAGAGAAAAAAUUCAAAAAAACUGUAGAAGGUGGAAGAAACGUCAUGACCAAAAAACAAAAUAGACUAAUAAACGUAUAGUAGUGAACUAGACCGAAUGAACAAAGGAAAAAAAAAUUUUAAUGAAAACGAUAAGCGAUUCAUACCAUUUUAUCUCUUAGUAUUACUUGUAUGUACGAUAAAUUGAUAAUAUUAAUAUAAGAUAGCACAUUAAUAGGCAGCAAAGGUCAGGAUCGACAUGCCAAAUUGGUAAAUUAAUCUGUGAGUACCAUUCUUGAGGGUACGUACUCCAAAUUUUAAAUCUUCCAAAAAUCCCCAAAAAAACUUUAAGAUACUCACGUGCCUAAACGUAUCCGAUCCUGAUCUAACCAAACCUGAUUGUUAUUUAAAACUACGUAUAGACGUUUAUAUGAAAAUUAUAAUAAUGUAAAAUUACGUAAUGGAACAAAAAAAUAUCCUCGAUGAACACGCGGAUUUUAGGAAAGUUUUUAUCAUUCCUUUCGUUCGGCCUGCAGCUGUGACUUUCCUUCAUUUCUACGGAAAUAAGUGAAGAUAGGAACAAUGUACAGUGCAGUCUCCGUAGUUCUUCUAACUCGAAGGUGCGUUUUCUCGAAAAUCCAGAACUACAGAGUUCCCCCACUUGGCCAAAAGUAAACAAGACUUCAGGAUAAGACUGUAAGUCUAGCGUGGUACCCCGUUGUACGCAUUUACGUAUUCUCCAUGCGCACCGCAUCUGCAAGUAGGGAGGAAGAACCCUCUCCUUCAGUCUGGGAACGAUUGAGGAGAGGCUAAGACUUAUUGUUAGAGAAUCUUCGAAUUACAGAGAGUGCACUGUAUUAUAAAUGUAUGUGAAAAGUCAGGUUUAAUUUAUUUAAAAUUGUUAAUGCUCGUCUCGAUUAAAGUUUCAACUGAUCGAUCAGUGAUUGAUCAGCCAAAUGCGACUAAAAGAGAAAUAAAAGGGAUUCUCGUGAUCCGAUCGAAUUAUGAUCUAAAACAAUGAAGAGAUAAUUAUUUGCUACGUGAAUAUUAAAGGAAUACAAAAUAUACAGGGGGAGCAAAAAGUGACGAUUCUAAAUGGUGCUUAGAUAGAGGGUGCGGAUAAUAUUAAUGAAAUCGACCUAGAGAAGCCAGCGAAUCGAUAUAAAAAAUGACCAUUAAUAAAGUACCAUUUAUUCUGA